CUCAGCUCAAAGACUCACUAGGGAGAGCGAGCGGCAGCGCUCGGCGUUGUGGCAGGAGGCUGGGGCCGGCGAAGACGCCGGAGCCGCGGGGAGCAACUGGGCGCAGGAAGGCGCUUACUGGGGUUCGGACCGCGCGGCUUCAGCCGCUGCGAGCGCCGCUGAGCGCUCUAACCUUCAGUCGUGCAACUUCGUAGCCAGGACGUGAGAACCCGGAGAGCGCUCGAGUGUCGGAGCCGGAGUGCAGAGAGGGGCGCGCCGGAGCCUGACCGGAGAGCGGACUCCAGGCACCCGUCGCACUCCGAGCGCCCGGCAGCCCUCCGCGAAGCGUGGCUGCCUCUGCCCCAACGGAGGGCACGAGCUGGCGCGACCGGGCGCCGGGGAGGACGGCGAGGAGGAGGCGGCGGCGGCGGAGACGGCGGCGGCGAGGCUGGGGCCAGGGAGAGAGCCCCGGGGGAGAGGCGCCCGAGCCGGGCCGAGGGAGCAUGUGGGCCCGGAGCGGAGCGCGGGGCGCGCUGCUGCUGGCGCUGCUGCUCUGCUGGGACCUGAGGCUGAGCCAAGCAGGCACUGACUCGGGCAGGGAAGAGCUCCCCGACUCCUUCCCAUCGGCGCCAGCAGAGACGCUGCCCCACUUCCUGCAGGAGCCGCAGGACGCCUACAUCGUGAAGAACAAGCCCGUGGAGCUGGGCUGCCGCGCCUUCCCUGCCACACAGAUCUACUUUAAGUGCAACGGCGAGUGGGUCAGCCAGAGUGGCCACAUCACCCAAGAGGGCCUGGACGAGGCCACCGGCCUGCAGGUGCGAGAGGUGCAGAUCGAGGUGUCGCGGCAGCAGGUAGAGGAGCUGUUCGGGCUGGAGGACUACUGGUGCCAGUGCGUAGCCUGGAGCUCUGCGGGCACCACCAAGAGUCGCCGGGCCUACGUCCGCAUCGCAUACCUGCGCAAGAACUUUGAUCAGGAGCCUCUGGGCAAGGAAGUGCCCCUGGACCAUGAAGUUCUCCUGCAGUGCCGCCCACCGGAGGGCGUGCCUGUGGCUGAGGUGGAAUGGCUCAAGAAUGAGGACGUCAUCGACCCCACCCAGGACACCAACUUCCUGCUCACCAUCGACCACAACCUCAUUAUCCGCCAGGCCCGCCUGUCGGACACGGCCAACUACACCUGCGUGGCCAAGAACAUCGUGGCAAAGCGCCGCAGCACCACGGCCACCGUCAUUGUCUACGUGAAUGGUGGCUGGUCCAGCUGGGCAGAGUGGUCGCCCUGCUCUAACCGCUGUGGCCGCGGCUGGCAGAAGCGCACGCGGACCUGCACCAACCCUGCCCCGCUCAAUGGAGGCGCCUUCUGCGAGGGCCAGGCCUUCCAGAAGACUGCCUGCACCACCGUGUGCCCAGUCGACGGCGGGUGGACAGAGUGGAGCAAGUGGUCAGCCUGUAGCACCGAGUGUGCGCACUGGCGCAGCCGCGAGUGCAUGGCGCCCCCACCCCAGAACGGAGGCCGCGACUGCAGCGGGACACUGCUCGACUCCAAGAACUGCACUGAUGGGCUGUGCGUGCAGAAUAAGAAAACUCUAAGUGACCCCAAAAGCCACCUCCUGGAGACCUCGGGGGACAUGGCGCUGUAUGCAGGCCUUGUGGUGUCCAUCUUCGUGGUGGUGGCUGUCCUCAUAGUGGUGGCAGUGGUGGUGUACCGCCGCAACUGCCGGGACUUUGACACCGACAUCACCGACUCAUCCGCCGCCCUCACCGGCGGCUUCCACCCAGUCAACUUCAAGACUGCAAGGCCCAACAACCCACAGCUCCUGCACCCAUCCGUGCCUCCUGACCUCACUGCCAGCGCCAGCGUCUACCGUGGGCCAAAGUACGCCCUGCAGGACUCAGCCGACAAGAUCCCCAUGACCAACUCGCCGCUGCUGGACCCGCUGCCCAACCUCAAGAUCAAGGUCUACAGCUCUGGCACCACCGGCUCUGGGCCAGGCCUGGCAGACGGGGCUGACCUGCUGGGAGUCCUGCCGCCCGGCACGUACCCUGGUGACUUUUCCCGGGACACCCAGUUCCUGCACCUGCGCAGUGCCAGCCUUGGCUCCCAGCAGCUCCUGGGUCUGCCCCGUGACCCGGGGAGCAGUGUCAGCAGCACCUUUGGCUGCCUGGGCGGGAGGCUCAGCAUCCCUGGCACAGGGGUCAGCCUGCUGGUGCCCAAUGGAGCCAUCCCCCAGGGCAAGUUCUAUGAGAUGUACCUCCUCAUCAACAAGGCAGAAAACACCCUCCCGCUUUCAGAAGGGACCCAGACAGUAUUGAGCCCCGCAGUGACCUGCGGGCCCACGGGCCUCCUGCUGUGCCGCCCCGUCAUCCUCACGGUGCCCCACUGUGCAGAAGUCAGUGCUGGCAACUGGAUUUUCCAGCUCAAGACCCAGGCCCAUCAGGGCCACUGGGAGGAAGUGGUGACCCUGGAUGAGGAGACCCUGAAUACUCCCUGCUACUGCCAGCUGGAGGCCAGGUCCUGCCACAUCCUGCUGGACCAGCUGGGUACCUACGUGUUCACGGGUGAGUCUUACUCCCGCUCGGCAGUCAAGCGGCUCCAGCUGGCCAUCUUUGCCCCGGCCCUCUGCACCUCCCUGGAGUACAGCCUCAGAGUCUACUGCCUGGAGGACACACCUGUAGCGCUGAAGGAGGUUCUGGAGCUGGAACGGACACUGGGUGGCUACCUAGUGGAGGAGCCAAAACCCUUGCUGUUUAAGGACAGUUACCAUAACCUGCGCCUCUCCCUCCACGACAUCCCCCAUGCCCACUGGAGGAGCAAGCUGCUGGCCAAGUACCAGGAGAUCCCCUUCUACCACAUUUGGAGUGGCAGCCAGAAGGCCCUGCACUGCACCUUCACGCUGGAGAGGCACAGCCUGGCCUCCACGGAGCUCACCUGCAAGAUCUGCGUGCGGCAGGUGGAGGGGGAGGGCCAGAUAUUCCAGCUUCAUACCACGCUGGCAGAGACGCCCGCUGGCUCCCUCGACGCCCUCUGCUCCGCCCCCAGCAGUGUGGUCACCACCCAACUGGGACCCUACGCCUUCAAGAUCCCCCUGUCCAUCCGCCAGAAGAUAUGCAACAGCCUGGAUGCCCCCAACUCACGUGGCAACGACUGGCGGCUGUUGGCACAGAAGCUCUCCAUGGACCGGUACCUGAACUACUUUGCCACCAAAGCAAGCCCCACGGGUGUGAUCCUGGACCUCUGGGAAGCUCUGCAGCAGGACGACGGGGACCUCAACAGCCUGGCGAGUGCCUUGGAGGAGAUGGGCAAGAGUGAGAUGCUGGUGGCUGUGGCCACCAAUGGGGAGUGCUGAGCUGGCCUGCACCUGCGGGCUGGGAGGCGCCAGCGGGAGGCGGGCACAGGCAGGCCCGGGGCAGCCUCCCGGGGGGCAGCGGGGCCUCCUCUGCCCCCGAGCUCACAGCCAGAAUCGCCCCUCCUCCUCCUCCCCCACCUUGCCCCACCUGCAGACCGCAACCAGCCUUAGGAGAUCCAUGGACUUCGUUGUUGGGAGGACUCGGCGGUCCUUCUCCACCCCACGCUGUCUCUCCUGACCUCAGACCUCUGUGCAGGAAGCGGGAGGGGCCAGGCCCUCUGCAGGCAGCUAGGGGAACAAGGAGGUGGCCCUCCCACCCUCAGCCCCGGGAACUCUCGGGGCACCUGUUUUAGCUGUGUUCUUUAUUCUCUUCCUCGGUUAUUGAUUCUCCCUCCUCCCUCUCCGUUCACACCGUUUUCCUCUUUGAAGAGUCAAGUACAAUUCAGAGAAACUGCUUUCUCCUGUCCAUACGCGAAAAGGAAGAGGAAAGAAAGAAAGCUUCCAACCACUAGUAAGGCUCAAAAAAAAAAAAAAAAGAAAAACACCAAAACCACAAGGGAAAGGAAAACCCAGUUUCUUAGGAAACGCAAAUGAUUUAUUAUCCAGAUAUUUGGAUAAGUUCUUUUUAAGAAAAAAAAAAAAAAAA